AUGUCCACACGUGAUAGCAUUGGGAGCAGUGAGUCUAGCGAUAGUGAUGUGUUAGGAACAGGGAAUAGAUUCCUCGAGGACCAGGUCAAUGCGGUCAAUCAGAAUGUGGCCGCCGCUGAUAGUCACGUGCGAAGUAUAGCCGACGUCGAGAACAUGGACUUCAUCGACGACGGACGGAAUAGUGGAAGGACAGGAAUGGAGACGGAUAGCAAUGCUGAUAGAGAUCGUUUCGGCCUCAGCUUGUCAGGACCGCUUACUGUAGACGUUAGGUCGAGCGCUGCGGAUAGUAUGUUAGUGCCAGGGCCACCGCCAGGACUGCCGGAUAGAAGCUUGGAGAUCGCGGCGACGCUGGAUAGUGUGGGGAGGUCGGGAGGGCUGGGCUAUGCCGGGAUAGCGGACGCGUCAAGCACUCAGGGGAGGGACCCAGGCGAAGAAUUGCGGGAGUUGCUCGCAGUCCCGUCAAUCGCAGGUAGAGGGGAUGCCGUGAUGCAGCUUAGCAUGCUUGCAAGCAGUCCUGUAGUAUUCGAUCCAAUCAUGGGAGCUACGGAUUUGAAUGAGUACAGGGCCGGAAGAGGCGGGAUAGAAGCAGGAAACGCCAGGACCCCGACGCUUGCCAUCGAGGAUCUGGCUGGAAUAGGUGGAAGAACGGAAGAAGGACCGUUCGUCAUCCCCUCCGAGAAUAUGUCCCACGGAGCGGAGUAUGAGUUGACGGGAGGUGCCAAGGGAAUCAGUGGCUCCAGGAGAGAGAUGGCGAUCGAGGAUAGAGUGGAUAGCCUUGCGGUGUCAUCAUCGUCAGAUCACGAUAGGACGACCAGGAGAAAUGAUGAUGGAAUAGAUGUGAUGAUGAACAGUGGCGAGCUCGGUGUUGGGGGUGAUCGCACGAGAGGUGUGGAUAGCGGACAUUGGAUGGGCAGAGGGAAUGGGGAUGAUCUCGUCCCCGGAGUAUAUUCGAGUAGUGCGGCCAUGAUUGGGAACGUCCGUGCCGAUCCUACAGAUCUGGAGUUGAUAGCUAACGGAUCUUCAGCGGUAACGCAGAACGCGGUCAGUGAGAGUGAGGAUAGAGCGCUGUCUGUGUUCUCAUCUACAGGCCUCUCGGAGACAUCGUCAGGCGGGAACAUUGGAGCAUUGAAAGAUGUGGGGAUGGACCAGACUACGACGAUCGGAAUAGAGUGGGGAUCACAUGGGAUCAGGAGUACUCUCGAGGAAACGGGGGUCAUCACUGACGUGGACUUUGCGAAGUUCUUCACAGAUCAGGGACCAGGAGAGCCUGGAUCAACGCCCAUGACGAUGCAAUCGGAUUCGCAGGAACGGUGGAACGCUGGGAUAUAUGGCAAGAUGGAUGAGGGACUGCGUAAGCAACGAGCGGAGCAGGCCGUUAAGGAGAUGAACCAGAUAGCCGAGAGCGGUAGCGAGGGAUGGGGCAAUCGAUCCCCGGCUCCACGAUCCCCUGGGAUAGGUGGGCAAUACGAGCACUUCGGGAUCAAUACUCCUCCUGAAGGACGAGGCAGGAACGAUGAGAUGAGGGCAACAUCAUCCCCACCUAGGCGGGCAAAGGUGAGAACUCCUGCCGAUCCGGACAAGUCUUCGUUAGGAGAGAUAGACGGCAGGAUAGAUGAUUUACAGACGGUGGUUGUGGACACGCAGACCGACGUAGCCAAGCUUAAAGAGCUGAAAGAGAUGAGUCGGAUCAUGGACGGGAGCGUCAGCGAGGAUAGGAUGGAUGAUGCAAUGGCUCCGCAACUGACCGAGGGAGCAAUGCAGCUCGCACGGAGAAUGAGACGGCAGGUUGAAAACGUGAAGGUGCUCAAGACCUCUGUUACGACUAGAUUGAAGGGAGUGGAGGAGCGAUUGUCCACAGCGGAGCAUUCAGCGGACAUAGCCAAACAGAGUGCCGGGACGAAGAUCGCCACGUUAGAGACAGGAUUGAAUGAGGUAAGACGUGGCAUAGGAGUGGUCUUCUCGAGCAUGCAAAUGCGACAUGAGAAUGGAACAUGGAAGAAUGAGAGGCUCGAUAAAGUGGAGACAGUUUUGAAUAGACAAUGGGACCAGAUCAAGUUAGCGGGCGAGGAACUAAGGAAGUUGAAGUCCAAGGGGAGCCAGAAGGGUCACGGCUUGUGCAUAGAUGGAGCAGUGCGUGUAGAGACCAAGAAGCUGAGUGAAGUGGUUUUGGCACAGAAGGAACACAUAAUGACCGUCGCGAGAGAGGUGAUAAAGAACCGCAAGAGCGUGGCCGAGAUUGUGGCGGGCAUGACAAAGGUUCACAAGACUUGCGAGAAUGUCGUGGCAAGGACCGAGCGGGUUGAUGAAAAGAGAAACGGAGAACAGGCCUGGGUGAAAGAUACUGUGCGAAAGAUGGAAAAGACUAUGGAGUCAAUGUCGAGCCGUAUGAUAGAUGAGCAGAAGAGGGUCACGGGCGAAUUUAUCCUUGUCAAUGCUCGAAUUGAUGAGAGCACACGGAACGAAGGGAUAGGCAAAACGCGAGGAAACAGCGCGGAGAUAGGAAAGCCACCGACGAUGUCACGCGGGCGAGAUGGUCCCGGCGGAAGUGGGGGAGCCGAUGGAAGAGCCAGGAGCGACAACGCCCGAGGAAUGGAGGCUUCGAGGCCGGAGAUGACGGGUCCCGUAGUUGAUCGGAGGAUCGAGAACAGAUGCAUUGUGUUAGAACAACAGGUAGCCAAGAUCACUGGUCAAUUGCAGGGAUUAACCACGGUGAAUGAGCGGAUCGUGAAGGAGAACGCUAGCCUGAUCAGCGAAAUAGAAAGCAUGAAGGGGGAGAACAAGGGGGUGACAGAGUCGGUAGCGCGGAUGGUUCGGGACAGCAGAGAUGAGAUAUCUAAAAUGAGAGCGGAUCUUGAUCUCCGAGGUAGAGAGAUGCUAGAACUCAAGGAGAAGAACGAGCAGUUGGAGGCAACGGUACGGGAGUAUGAACGGAGACUGGAGCAGGUGAGACGAAACGAUAGCCUUAAAGCAGAACUGGAUAGCAUGUGGCAUAGAAUCGGUGAGAUCGGCAAGCAAAGCUCCGAGUACGCCAUGCCAGCGCCGGGUGUGGGAGGUGCUUCGAACGCCGGCUCCGCAAGACCAAGUGCCGGUGCCACGCCUGCUGCGGAAGAGAAGUGUGUGGUAAUUGCUAUGAAUACCAUGAUGACUUGUGCAUGCUGUGCUCCACUGAUAGAAGGGGGUGCGACGCCGGAGGAUAUGCGGGGACAGGACUUCCGAGGCGGAGGGUAUAACAAGUUCAAGGACACAAGAGGGAUGGAGAAAUGCAACGAGAUAUCGAUAGCGAAGGAGCCAUCAUCCGGGGAAGUAGGACUGUGGCUGGGCGAUGUUGCACACACUGCGAAGGCUGCGUAUCUGUAUGACGGGGACUAUGCAUACACGCAGGUAUUGAGGGUACGCGAAAGGAGCGAAGCGAUGAUAGACAUGGAACUCAAGUAUCCUGCGUUAGAGAACCAGCUUUUUAGCGGAUUGAAGAGAGCAAUAAAGUCAGAGUCCUUGUCGGCGAAGGUGAAGAUGGAGAUGUACAAGACUCAGCAAGUGGGAGAUGGAAAACCGAUGACGGCCAUGAGAUUGCUUACGCUGAUAGUAAAGCAUGUUGAGAUCCCGAUUGCUAAAGAGAGUCAGGUACUGUACGAUGGCCUGAGUAGCACGAAGGUGAUGAAUUUCCCGGGGAAGCCCGAAGAAGAGGCACUGGAGGAGUUCAUGACUAGAUGGGAUCUGGCACACACGAACCUUAUAGGGCUGAAAGGCAAUACCUGGAGCGAGCAACAGCUGGGAUGGAUGUUGCAUUCGAAAGUGCAGAGAGUUCAGGUGCUGAACCACGAUAUUGAGGCAUGGAGAUUGCUUCCGGAUGAGUCCAAGACGCAUACCUGGUUGCGAAAGAGAAUCAAGGAUAGACUGGAGAUGUGGAGAGCGGACAAGAACAUAGAUGAGGCCUCAAUGCGGGUGAGCCGACAGGCGUUCACGACUGGAUAUGCUGCGAUGCCGGCUCAGCAGGGAUCCUAUAGAGCGGAAGAGGUCCUCAAGAAGGCCAGCGAGGAUAGUCAGGUGUAUGCGGCCAUGCCUGUGGUACGACAAAGAGACGAUGGACACACAGCCGACAAGAUGGUACGAAAGUGCAAAAACGUACACAAGAAGGGGUAUGUACAUGAUGUGAAACGAUAUCCCGUGAUUGAGGAGGCAAAGGCAAGGCUACGAGGAAUAUCCCUAGCCGAAGAGGUCGUGCUGGACAUACUUGCCGGAGAGCAAGGCGAGGAAGGUAAGGAUGCUUCAAGACUGGCUGAUAGGAUAGUGGAGGAAUGCAGGAGAAUAGGUAUAGUCGACGAGAGAUUCCGCGUGGAUAGUCGAGAGGAUAGUCAACCGGCGGCGUCUGCACAGCAUUGUUUGCCAUCGGUAAUGAGACGAUGGAUGAUAGACUCGGGGUGCGCUAUGGAUCUGAUAGCAGAAGCAGACCUCACCCAGGAUGAAAAAGAUAUGGCUAUUGAGGCGAAGAAAGUGCGGUUCAACACCGCCAACGGCAACACCACGUCAAAGCAAGAAAUAUGCAUGGAUAUUCAAGGGAUGCCUGAGACGAUGAGGAUUAGAAUGCUCGAGAGUACUCCCGCUGUUCUAUCGAUGGGGAGGAGAUGUAUGAAAAUGGGAUAUUCGUUCCAUUGGCUGGCGGGCGCGAACCCCGUGUUCGUCAAGCCUGAUUCGAGCUUGAUAGUACUAAAAGUCAUCGGGGAUAUCCCAUACAUGGUGGAUAGAAUGUCAACGGUCGUUAGUGAAAGUGAGCGGAGUGACUAUCACAUCUAUCCUGCUAUGCCAGCGCCUCUUGCGAUUGAAUUGCCCGUGCGAGGAAAUUCCAGUCCGAGGAGGAUCGGAGAGAAACAGGAUGAAUGUAGUCCCAAAAGCGUGGACUCGGACACGGAUAGAGACAUCGAGGAGGAACCGAUAGGAAAGGCCGCCAACGACGACGGGAGGCUACUAGACAAGUGGAUGUUAACGGGUAAUAAGGCGGUGUGUUUCCACAACAAACCAAGAACGAAGGCUUGCGAUCCAUGGUUUGAAACACUGAGAUUCCCAGAGAUACAUGCACUUGUGCCGCGAUUCGCCGAGAGAUGUAGAUCCAAACGUGUGUACAAAGAUGGCAAAACCGUGGCGGAAUGGAUAGACUGGGUGGAUAAGUACAGUGAGGGAGAGAAUAGAGAAGCGGAGGAGGAAUUGUGGACCGGCAAAACCAUGUUCAAGAUAGAAGGACUAACCUAUGAAGGAGCGGACGCCGGGGAAGCGGCACAGAGCGAUAGCGUGAAGGUGAGAAAACACAUUUUGAAUAGAAUGGCUGCGGACGAAACCACGGGGCUAGACGACUUACUAAUGAUGUUAGACAAGAACAUUGGUACUGGUGGCGAGGCAGAAACGCUUGUCGAGAUAGCCAGAUGUUUGUGGCCGCUUGCUCCACAAGAGAUACUUGACGGCGGAAAGGAGUGUCGUGACGACGACAUCAUCAUACUGCGCGUGUGCAUGCUUGUGGUGAUAGGAAAGGACCCCGAAACAUAUUGGGAUGAGACGCCAGAUGGAGGAUACGCGUCAUUGUGGGCGACUGAAGAAUGGGAUAGGACGAGACCAGGGACCGGAGCGACGAACGAUGGCGAUGAUAGAAGCAAGGGCGAGAUGAGCGAGUCACAAAACUGGUCGGAGUGGGCACCGGGAUUAGUGCGAGCCAUCAAGGAGACUAUGCGUAAGCACCACCGAAUUUCAUCAGUGGUCGAAAAGGGGAUAGACGAGAGGAAUAGGGAGACAACGACAGAACAAGACGAUGGUGACGGUCGACUGAGAACGACGUUCUACUGCGCCGCGUGUAAGGCCGAUUCAUCCGGGGUAUGCGGUUUUUGUGAAAGAGCUUUGAGUCCUGAGCAGAUUGAGGCGGGGCAAAGCGCACGCAAUAUGACGGAUGCGGAGUUUCAGCUCAUCCACGGAAUGAAGAAGAGUCCGGAUGACGACCUAAGGAUCGCGGAGCAAGUCGUCGCUGUACCCGGCGAGGAAGAAAGCGCCGAAAACGGAGGCGAAUUGGAUGAUGAUAUAGAUUUGCCAGGAAUAGCCGAUGAAGAACAGGCUAGAAGAGGAGUGGGAGAGCCUCAGAAGGAUGAUAGCGCCGGUGACAUGGGAGAAGUGGAACAAGCAAAGGCAGAAGACGGACCUGCGGAUCAGGUUCGAGUUGCGGAUAGAAUUGGCGAAGGGAUAGGGUCGAGCAAAACUGUGAGCAUCCGGAGAGCAAGAUACUCACCGGAGUAUGCAAGAUCGACGGAACAUUUGCUCACGCAUCUCCCAAAGAACAUGCACUGCGUUGCUUGUCGACAAGGCAAAGCAAUAAACGUCCCCUUCAACAGGGGCGAAGGCAUCACAGACAAGGGCGCCGAGAAGUUCGGGGAGAGGGUCACUGCUGACACGAUAGUUCUUCGCAGCAACAAAGACAAGGGAAUCCGCGGAGAAAACAAUGCAAUCGUGAUGUUCGACUUCAAGACACAGUGGGUACACUGCACGCCCGUAAAGUCCAGGGGAACGGAUGAGUUUGUGCGAGCUAUCAAUGAGUUCCGAGGCCCAGAUAUGGUAGUGCAUCUGUACGCAGACGGAGCCGGUGAAUUCUCAAAAGCCUGCGACGUCAUAGGAACUUGCAGGGCGACUUCUACACCCGGAUUACCCCGAACGAAUAGCAUAGCGGAGCUCAAGGUCAAAGAAGUAAUCUACGGUGGCAGAGUAUUGCUGAGACAAGCAGGACUAGAACCGAAGUGGUGGCCGUACGCUGUGCAGACGUUCUGCUUCCAUAGGAACGUACAACAAGUGGACGGGGUAAGCCCGUACGGGAAAAGACAUGGCAACGAGCAAGACAAAGUGAAACUGAUUCCUUUCGGGGCACUUGUUAACUACCUCCCCAUUGCCGAAAAGCCUAGAAAAGCUGGCAAAGAGGACGCGGCCCUGCUCGAACGGGGGGAUCCUGAAAAUGACGCUCUUGAGAUUCUCGGAGCUGAUGAAGAUGUUUCGAGCAUGGCCUUGCCCUCUGAAACGAAGGAAACUAAAGAACAACGCUCGCAAAGGGAGGAAGAGCUGAGAGAGAGUGCGCUCGACAUGGUCAUGACGCAGGACUUUGAUGUGCAGCAUGCAAAGGACAUCAUCCUGAAGUUCACUUCGAUAGAAAAAGGAAUAGCGAAGAAUUCGCGGAGCAUGGCCACCGGUAGAGGGUUCAUAGUCCUGGGGCUGUAUGCGUACGGAGGAAAGAUUGGCGUUACGAAUAGUGCCAAAGAAUAUCCGGGGAUAGCCAUGGUGUGCUGCGAGCUGAUAGCAAAAUGCUUCCCAGAAGCUACUUUUACAACGGUGACUGUGUCUGUCGGAACCAGGAUGGGGCCUCACAAGGACAAGUUUAACGAGAGCCAGACAUACAACUUUGUUGUACCGGUAAGCGAGAGGGCGGGCGAAGCUAUGAUCUGGACAGAAGAGGAACAGUGUGCGAGUGAGGGUGGCAAGGCCGCCGGGAUAGAGAAAGAGGUGCUUCCGGGAAAAUGGAUAUGGGGAAGGACUCGGAAGGUGGAUAGUGGGCUAAAGUUCAAUCCAAGAGUUUGGCAUGCUAUUGAAGAUGCCUUGGCGCCGGAGGAUAGAGUGACAGCGGUGGGAUAUACCCUGGCAGCGGGUAAAAAGGCAUCUGUGGACGACAAGUGGAAGUUGAUGAGGCUGGGCUUCAGAUUGGAUGAGCACUUUGCGACAUUAGCGGAUGGCUUAUGCCAGGCAGCGUGUGCAGACGAUGGUGGGGAUGGGGAAGAAUAUGUAGAUCACGACGCCGAGGAAGAGCAAGCGUAUGCCAUGGCAUCCAAGGCGAAGUUCGACACUCCGACAUCACCCGGAUUGUUCCUAGGUUACGCGCUCCAACCAGGGGGUGUUCCGAGCGGAGACUAUAUAGUGGUUGAGCUGGCGCACCUGUAUCACGGAUGGACGGUACCGUCGAUACACCGCGUGAAGAGGAUAGUACUUGACGAGGAGAUGCCCAACUACUUCCCGAUGCAAGCUGUGGCUGAUAGGAAGUCGAGAAUCAUGACAGCGACUCGAGCUGAUGCCCUGGCCAGAUUGGAACUGGAGAGAGAGGGGCAGCAAGGAGAGGAGACGGAGGAAAUCUUCGCAGAGGAGAGAAGGGUACGAGCCGAUGUGAUGAGACAAAUUAAGUGCGACGAUCAGCAUCUUCAAAACGGGGAUUUCUGGGAACAUGAUGAGAUAGACCAUUCGUGGACGCUUCAUCACAUCUUACCCCGAAAGGAGCUGUGUACCCCAGGCGAGGAGGUCAAAGGUACAGGUGGCCCCGGGGAUAGAGAGCUGGGUCCAAGGAGGCGAACGUGGAUAGUGUACGCCGAUGGUACAUCGGAGGUGCUGGAUGAGGAUAGAAUGAAGGGCAAGAAGAAGAUCACCAAGAAAUGGACGGGGUGCACUACGUUCUGGGAAAAGGGGGAGCCUGAGGGAGAGAUAGAUGAUGAAGCCAAGGAGCGGGCGCGGGGAGAGAAGGCGACGGGUAUACGGGGGGUGGGUCUAGACUACGAACAAGACAUGCCCAGAAUAGAGCGGCCGUACGCGAGAUCUCACAAACCCAACUCUAUUUCGUCAGCAGAGUGGAAUAGGAUGAGCCCGGGACAGCGACUACGUUAUAUCGAGGGAGACAAAGAGAGGAUCAUCAGAGGAGAGAGGCCCCCUUCGGCCGUUCGAGGGCAAGAGGAAAUAGGACCGCGUCCCGCAGAAAUUGGAGUUCGAGAAUGGAUGGAGAAAAUCACCGACCAUGGCCAGGAAUUCUCACCGCCGGAGUACCGAUGGGAUCCCCCACCGGGAAUGCCUGAGGGUGGCCGAGUAUGGGCAGUAAGAAACAAUCGCGCCACAUCCUACCGAUUCUAUGGCGGAAGGGACAAAAGACGGCUUGAGCUCUGGUGGAGGGUCACUCGGAGCGCUAAUACUGGAGAGGAGGUUACGAAAACCAUCAACCAAUUGUGCAGCACAGCUGGAAUAGCGCGAACGCCGUCCGACAACAUCGUUGGGGAAAUGAUGAGGGAGUUGGGCGAACAGCCUAAAGUGCAGAUCAUGGGGGUCGGAUUAGAAGAGAUCGGGGGUAACGGAGGUGAGAACGUAUCUUGGAUAUCGGGGGAAGGAUGCGUGAUAGGAGAGGGUGUGACGGAUGUGGUCAUUGCUAUCGAUGCGUCUAGCGACGGCAUGAGGACAGAGGUCGAUCGGAAGGCAUCCGGGUGGAGACGUGAGGAAGGCCUAGAUAGUACGCGAGAGGCUCGAGAAAGAGUAUUUGGCAAUGUAGAAAAGGUUAUCACAGACGCCAACAGCAGAGGAAUAGUGGCCACGAUCAUCUGGAUAGGCGGUAAAAGUCGAAUGGCUGACGAGACCAUUGUUCGAAUGGCGCUUGCCUGGGACAUGUGGAUAGUGCGGAGUGAUGGAUGCAUGCUGGGUAUGCAUGACGGGGUAGACGCGUCGUGUUACAUAGGAGUCGUCACACCAUGCAUGAUGAAUGCGAUCGCGGCGGACAUGUUAGCAUGCGAUCACAUGCCAAGGGAUCAUGACUUGAUGUCGCGCAUAGUGAGGACAUCGGACGCGAAAAUAGACGUACGGCGAGAGCAGGAGGGUAAAGCGAUACGCGAAAUGAUCAAGGUGUUAAAGGACGUGAUAGACAUCUGCGGCGAGGAAGAGGGUGAUUCGGUGUCGAUGGCAUGUGAAGAACACGGGGGAGACUAUCUCGGAUAUAGCAGUGGUAUGGUGACACUGGACGUGGACUCCUUGGCACAGCUGGAAAAGGGAACGAUUAGAGGCGACGAGAACUAUGCUGCUGCGGCGGCCGAGGAUGGGGCACCAUACAUCAGUCGUGAGGAGAUCAGAUGGAAAAGAUGCAUAGUUAUGAACAAUCCUGGCCGAGAGGCAUUGAGGGAGAUCUUCGGACCACGAGCGAAACACACACAAGAUCUGCGCGUGAUCCUGGUUGACGGCGACGACAUAGGCAAGGUUAUAAUGACGAAGCAGAACAGUCGCCGCAUCAGACAUAGCACCGGAGGGGCCGCAGUAGCUUACCCUGGAGAAGAGCUUGAGGUGGGAGACCUGAACGGGGACGGAUGGAUGAUAGUGCUGACCGGGGAGAGGGAGAACCACGACGCAGAUCGGCGCCAUGACCAAGAUAGAGAGGAAAACCCCGGAUUCGACGACCAGAGCGAUGUGUUUGACUCGGAAGGAUGGACGUUGUCAGACCUAGAAGAGGAACGGGAACCGGUGGAUGAGGCAUUCUUCAGGGCCGGACACGCCGAAACCAUUAACCUCGAAACUAUGGAGAAGGGCGAAUGCAACAUAGUCAUGUGGGAGGCAGAGAGGAACGCACUAGUCCUCGAACUAAAGGACGACAUCCAUGUUCCACUGAUAGGAUACACCUGGGUUCGUACUGGGAUAGCGUAUCCGGAAGAUCCUGGCACCAGUGUAAGAGUGUCUGCGCUCGGGCAGCUUGUGGCAGAAACCAUGUGCGACGUCAUAGGAUACGAGGUACCUAGCUUGAUCCUCACGUCGAUGACGCUUUGCUUCGCAUGCUUCAUGAACAAGCAUACUACACCCGUUGAUAAUUUGAUCCGGCAGGGUUAUCAGACUGAAGACGAGGAGUAUGGAGAUGGAAUAGUCGCAGUCCCUGCUAUACAGGUGGAUGCAGAUCAAGAGGAUAGUUGGGAAGAGGUUGCGGAAAAUGAAGUGUGUGAUAGCAUCGACGAGACAGUGGGAGAGUGUGAGCCACUGAUGGCCACAAUCAUAGAGGACGAAGAGGAGGACAUCGAGGAAGUUUUCGGACUUGUCGCUAGACCCGUGACGAAGGCUGAGAGGGCGAUCAACCCCAAGGCUCGGGCAGCGCUUGAUAAAGAAUGGAAAAAGCUGAUGGAUCAAGUGGUCUGGAUAAUGGAGGAGGUGCGUUCGUGGAAGGACGUUCAACGGGAGGCAAUGGAUAGAGGGGAAAUAGCUCAUGUAGGAUGGGAGAAGCUGGCGAAGAGAAUCAAGCUCGAAGAGCCACGAAGUAUGGGUAGGUACUUGGGAUGCUUGCACACGGCUAGCGCGAUACCUUUUCGGUCGCCGUUUGAGCCGAGACACGAGUGGACGAAGAUCAUCGAGCCCAAGAAGGAACCGCCUAAUUUCGCGGGGAAGGCCGAGGCGAAGGAAGAUAGUCCAGAUGAGAUCAGGAUCCUUCGAUAUGAUGUUACCGAUUUCAUGAAGCAGUGUGUGGAUAGAUAUCAAGAGUUGUGCUCGACGGCAUAUCCUAAGCCACUGGAUAAAGCUAAGACCCCAUAUCUCGACGAGAGCCGCCCAGAGUUCGACGAGAACCCAGUAGACGACAAGGUGAACGAAAUUAUGGGGAUAGCCAAGUACGAGCUGCCGGAUGAGGGGCCGGGAGUGUUGAAAGAGCACGCCCCUGCGGUACUCAUGAAGAUCUUGUAUGGGGCUGACGACCUGGACACAUCUCUGUGA